UGUUAAGAAUAACUCAUAUUAGCUUCACAAUGAUGAAAGCUAGAAUAUUGUGUGCAUUAUUUGUUGGAGUGCUAACGGCUGCCAGUAUUUGCAAUGCUGCACCGUUGAAUUCCGAUGAACAAGAGGCUCGAGCAUUUUUGCAAAAAGCCAGUUCAAAAAUGUUCAACUACUACGAUAAAAUGAGCCAGGAACUAUUUGAUACACCUACAGAAGAUGUUGAUAAGAUUCUUAGUGCUGUGGGAACAAUUUUGAAAACAGCUAAGGAAUACGUUUCGAUUGUAAAUGACUCAAAACAAUUUGAUUACUCUAAGUUUUCUGAUCCUGAGCUGAAGCGUGUUUUCAAAAUUAUUCGACGAUCAGCCGAUGAAGCAGUAUUAGGUGAUGAUAAAUUCCUUGGAAUGUUUAUAUCACUGGGCAUGCUCGAGGAUUUAGCUAGUGACAAGGAUAUCCCUGCUUAUCGUAAUGAGCAAGUUGAACUGGCCUUUUUCCCUGAUAUUCAAAAUAUAUUUGCUAAAAGCAAUGACCCCGAAGAAUUGAAAUACUAUUGGCAAACCUGGAGGGAGAAGAAUGGAGCUUGGGCUAAGGGCAAUUUCUUGAACUUGGUGGAGGUCUUAAGGGAAGCUGCUGAAAUGAACGAAAUCACACCAUUAGAGUUUUGGCUCAAUGAACACAAUAUGACCGAAAUGGAACACGUAAUGAUGCAAAUCCAACCACUUUAUCUUCAACUCCACGGCUUUAUUCGUAAUCAGUUAAACAAGAAAUAUGGUGAUUUAGUUAUCAAAUCAAACGGACCAAUCCCUCAUCAUUUGUACGAGCAAGUCAUGGCUCAGGCCUGGACCCCCGGAAGCAUCAUAGAUGACAUGUACCCACACAAGGAUCUACCACCUUUCGAUGAAAUUCUAAAGCAAAACAAUUACGACACUUUGAAAAUGUUCAAAAUGGCUGACAAGUUUUAUCAAUCAAUGGGAUUCAACUCUAUUUCCGAAGAAUACUUUGCUAGUCACUUCAAAAUGAACAAGGAAGAAGAUGAGGGUGAUUGUAAGGCAGUAGUUUUCGACGAAUCCCCCAAUGUUUACAUGAGCUAUUGUCAAAAAAUGGACUUCCGGAAGUUCUUGCAGGCUCACGGUUACAUGGCAGAAGCUUACUAUGCAAGAGAAAAGGUUGAUCUUCCAGCUUACUACUUCGAUGCUUAUGGUUUGGAGUAUCCUGUUGGUGAAGCAGUCAUUCUGUCAGCAUCAACACCUAAACAUUUGAAUUCGAUUGGAUUGGUUACACAGUUUAGAUUCACCGAUGAAGUUAAAAUGAACCGACAUUUAAGAAUGGGUAUCCAUACUUUGCUGAAUGUGCCAGUUAACUUUGUCCAUACAAAAGUAAUGACUGACUUAUUUGCUGGAAAGGUUGAACUCGCUGAUCUUAAUAAACAUUAUUGGAAAUUGAUGGACAAGUAUGUCGGAGUAUCACCUCCACUUGAUCGGGAUUCUGACGCAUACGAUUUCCCCUUCAAAUUCUACAUCGAACUGAAUGAAAACAAACAAGCCAGUAAAUUCAUGACAGAAGUCUUAGGAUACCAACUUUAUGAAAAACUAUGUGAGAUCAGUGGACAAUACUCGAGAUCAAUGGAAUCAGAGUCAAUUAACAACUGUGAUUUCUACGGAAGCAAAAAGGCUGGUGAUGCAUUGAAGCAAAUGAUGCAACUUGGAUCCUCAAAACCUCUGCGUGAAGUAUUGUCAACAAUGUUCCCAGAAAAUCCUUCUCUGAAUGCUGAAAGUCUGCUUCAAUACUAUACUCCAAUGAAAUCUUGGUUGAUUAAGAUGAACAGUCAAGACAAUGUAAAUGUUGGAUGGACUCAUUCCGAUAAAAAAGUUGCAGCUGUAAUAAUUAAUACUGAUGACGAAAACUAAGCAUAAAUUGAUGAAUUCUUAAAUGAAUUCAAUGGAAAAGAAAUGCAAAAAUAAAAAACAUAUACAAAAUUAA